AAUGUAUGCCUGUCUUUCGCAUAACUAUUUAAAUACAUUACACAUUCAUGGUAGAUAUUCACUACACAUCGCAGAUCAGUACAGACUAUAAUGGACGGAUCCCCUGUCCUUUCCUUUGAAACGUUUUUAGAGUCUUUAAUAACAAAUCGCAUUUUGGACUUGAAUUAUAACGAUAUUUUGCCACGUUUGGUUGCCAGUGUCAGGGCGAGCCACAAUGAAGGAAUGCGAACUCCCUUUGGUUCUGCAUCUCCAGCGGGCGCUGUCUUUGUUAAGGCGGCUUUACAUACGGAAUCAUAUCGUCCUGGCCUAUCUGGACCCAUAUUCAAGCCACAUGAAGCCCGCAAGUUUGCUGCACAGCGCAGAGCAAUGACACAAUGGUUAAACCAGAAAAAGCAAGAACUUCCCAACCGCCAUAUAGCUUCUACAAGUAAAGUUCGCUUUCUAACUCUAAUGUUUGAUUACCUAAGUUUUGCACCUUCGCUUUAUGAAACGCAUGGUGAUAUGUAUUGGAACGGAAUUGUUACGGGGAACGAUUUACACUUUGCGGAAUCUGAUGGAAGUGAGGAUGAUACACAAUAUCCGGGAGAGACGUCAACGGUACCAGUUACUUCCCAGAACGGAGAUGGUAUGCAUUUAAUGCAACCAUACUAUGCAUCCGAUCAAAGUGAGAGCCACACAAAUUCACAAGGCUGCUACAGUUAUACAACGCCAUUGGAAGGGGAAUCGCAAAACACUGUUCCACUGGAUAGUAACACGGUUAACUACGCAUGUGGAUAUCCUGAUUAUAUGGUCGACAUUAGUGUAAAUAAUACGAAUUGCGUUUCAGAUGAUGGGAAUGCAUUAGUAACCAAGCCAGUUAAAGGUUUUUGGAAUACGAACGGCAGUCCAUCAGAUACUUAUUACACAUCUAUUGACUCGGAUAUGGAUACUGACGUUUCUAUUAGAGGAACUAUGAAUAGCCAGCCUGAUGAUGAAUAUGCAAGCGCGGAUGAAGCCAUUAUUGUCGAUUCUAUGGAAUAUGCAACUACAGGUCAAAAAUAUUUGUGCAACACAUCGGUUAUAUUUUUUGGUGGCGCAAAUUUAAUUACAGCGUGCUACUACUUCAUUAAGGAAUUCACCUCCAAGUCAUUUAUCGAUUUAAUAGCGUAUCCUGAUCACAUGCGGAGCCGUCAUUCUUUUAUAUUAUGGCAGAACCCCUAUUUACAGCAUAUUUGUUGUCGUGAGUUGAUGUUUGCCCUUUCAAACAAAGAAAUAAACUGUUCCAAAAUUAUUGAGAUCUUGUCAAACAAGAAGAGCAAAUGCUGCAUAUUGGAGGAUUUCGACCUUCUAUCUUUGGACAUACAGUUGGCGAUUAGCAAACAUAUUCAACGUAAUGAUCGUCCAUUCUUAUUUUUAACUCGCAAUUUGCAUAAAACACCCGCCCGGUUACGCGCUUUUGCUUUCACAUUUCGUGUUCCUUCUCUAAAUACGGGUUUGCUUAUUAAUUCAGGACUCUCGGGUGCCUUCUGCCCAUCAAUGUUCAGUGGAAUACCUCGCAAUUCUAUUAUGGAUCUUGCAGUGCGUGCCAAGGAUGACAUAGCUUGGUUUUAUCAGGCUAUGACAAAUUUGCGACAGAAAAGAACUGUUUCAUUGCGGCGUGAUACAUUACCCCUGAGGAAACUAGUACAUUACAUUGCAUUCGAAGAACUGAACGAGCGCACUGUCUAUCGCAUUAUGGUGAUUUUGUCAAGUUUAUCACCUACUUAUAUGCACAACCAAUAUACCUUUUGGUUGGAUUUCUGUGAAGAAUUCGACGCAAUAACUAGCGUCCAUAUGUUUGAUAUCAAAGAAGGGUUGUAUCACAUUAUCGCUGAGAAAUCAACCGCUUUGGCAAAUGUGUUGGAUCCUAGACACACCAUCGCGACCGCCUUUUUGGAUAUGAUGAAUAUUAUCCACCCUAACGCCGACUUACCAUCAUAAAAAUCUGCUUUGCAAGUUUUUAUGCCAGAUCACGUUCAUAAUCCUCUUCAUAUUCAAUUUCCAUAUGAGGCAUGGCUGAGAGUGAUUAAAAUAAUGAUUAUGAGUAUUGCAAACUGCAUUUAAUGAUGGG